AUGAUCAUCGCAUUGGUAAUUGGCGGCAACUCAGGCAUCGGCGAAGCUGUGGCACCACAGCUAGCGCGCCAACCGGAUCAUCAUGUUAUUCUGACCGCGCGAAACCUCGAAGCUGGCCAAACGGUCCCAGCAGCUCUAGUCAAAGAAGGCUACUCGGUAUCUGCCGUCCACCUUGAUCUGUCCUCCGACGUGUCUAUCUCCGCGGUUACCAAGCAUAUCCAGGAGGCUUACGGCAAACUGGAUAUCCUUGUCAAUAAUGCCGGGAUUGCCGUCGACCACCACUCUGAUCUGUCUAUCCGGGAGAAUCUGAGUAUGACUUUCGAUACGAAUGUCUUCGGAACCGCUGUCCUGACCGAUGCACACCUUGACGUUCUCCGUCAGUUCACUGCACCACGGGUCGUCUUCGUUUCCUCUAGCGUUGCCUCACCUGCGCUCUCGAAUGACGAAAAUUGGCCGUAUUACCAUACCAUCUCCAAGUCCUACAAAAGUAGCAAGGCCGCUGUGAAUAUGCUCGUCCUGCAUUAUUCCAGGGCUCUUCAGGAUGUCAAUGAGCUAGUUGAUUCGCUGGCGUUGCUGGGUGCUAAUGGGCGUACUGCCACCUUUUUGGAUAGGGAUGGACCUAUCCCUUGA